UAACGGUGUUUCGGUAGAAAACUCAUACAAAACACCCUUGAAACGAGAAUGGAGGAAGACGAAAGGAGAGAAGCAGCAAUCGCAUCAGCUGCGUGUCUGAACCCUAAAUUCAAGCCCUCAUCUGCUGUUGCCCAAGCUCGCCUUUCCAAGUUCCAGGAACUGCACAAGAGGCGAUUACAGAUAAAAGAAAAAUCCAAAGUCAAAAAGAAAUCACAAGGGAAGGCAUCUAGGCCAAACAGAUUAGAAGAGAAGGAUAGCCAUGUUGAUGAAUUUGCAGCAACCAAAAUCCCAUGUAUAACAGCUGAAGAUACAAGCAGUUCUACUUCUACCACAUUAGAUGUUUCUUCAUUGUCAAAACCACAAAUACCAUCAAAGAAACCACAUAAGUUACACUGGGGGCUUGACACCAAAGAAAGAUGGGAAAGGAAAUCCAACAUGUAGUCCAGAGAUGAAGAUUCUUAGGAUCAUUGUGUAAUGUGUUUUCUCUUCUGAAUGUAUUAAGUGGAAAAAACUGCCCUACAUAUCUAUAUGAACGUUUUACCCUUACAAUCUAGAAGCAAAUAUCACAACAUUCAUCAAAUUUUUACUUUGAUAUAUCGAAAAACACUGAAACCCCAAAAGUCAAAUGUGUCAAAAAAGUGCCCAUAGUAUCAGAAAAUUUACAAUGUGGGCAGAUUGCAGAAACUAGCUUAUUAUUAAUAUGAAGAUGAAACCUAAAAAUGUGCAUAUAGAUAUAGUGAGCUAUAUCUAUAUCUAUAUAUAUUAUAUAGCUGGGCUAAGUUCACGUUCAAUAUCUUCCAAAGAUCUCCCCUUUGUUUCAACAACAUUGGCAGCUAUGUACAUAACUGCAAGAACACAGAUGGAUGCAAAUCCCAGGUACACUUUGCUUAUCCCAAAUUUAGUCACCACACUCAAGAAAUACAACCCGAUU